UAGUUCAUAGAAUACAGAUUAGAUUGGUUUAGUUCUUCUUCUUCUUCUGUUCUCUGUUGUGAUGUUCAUUAUAUUUUACUGACUAGUGAGUUGUGACUUUAAAAAAUUUUGGGUCUAGUUUUGCAAUUGGCAUGUCACCAAUUAGUGUUGAUAGUAUAUUAUUGUUGCUAUUAAAAUUAAUUUCUUUUAUUAGCGUUCAAUUGGCUUGAAAACGUUACAUUUGAAAUACUACAACAGCCGCCAUGAGCGACGACGAUAUUUGGCGUACUUCGAGUUUUCGCCACAAUGUGGUCAAUAAAAUUGAUGAAGCUAUUGCUCAAUCAGGAAUGCCCACAUCAAAGAACAGUUUAGAAAUGGAGAAUCAUGUGUUCAUGAAAGCCAAAAGCAAAGAUGAAUACUUAAGCUUUGUUGCACGUUUAUUAUUACAUGUAGGUGGAAGAGAUAUGAGAGGUGGUAACCAAAUGAUGAAUAUGAACCAAAACCCUGGCCCUGUAAAUGCAACAACAUUGUUGCAAACAUUAAACAAUCGACCACAAACCCAAAAUAAAUUACCUGGACAAAUGACAAUGGGACCCAGUCCAAUGAAUCAAGGUCCACCAUUGAGACCUGGUGGACCUAUGGGUCAAGGACCAAUGAUGCAAAAUCCUAAUACAGGUCCUAUGGGCAAUCAGAUGGGUCAACAAGGGCCUCCUAUGCCUAUGUCUUCAGUCAUGGGUGGUCCACCAAUGCAGGGUAUGCCUGUUCAAAUGCCUGUACAAGGGAUGCCUGUACAAGGGAUGCCUGUACAAGGGAUGCCUGUACAAGGUAUGCCAGUACAGGGUAUGCCUGGGGUUGUUCCGGGUAAUAUGCCAUCAAAUACUAUGGGUCGAAUGCAACCAAGAAAAAUGCCUGUUGGUCCAGAAAAUGUGAUGAUGAUUCCUAAUCAACCUGUAGUUGGAGGUUAUCCAGCAGGACCACCAAGGUCUGUAGCGAGUAAUCAAUUUCUUAGCCACAAUAGUCCUUCGUCACCUCAACAAUCUCCUGUUAAUGUUCUUCCAUCUAGUAAUCAAAUGAUCGGUUCACCAAGUGGUCCUCAAUUAACUCCUGGUGGCCAAAUGAGUGGACCUAUUAGAUCAAUUGGUAACGUGCCAUCACCAGGUAGUUCAGUUCCAUCUUUAAACACUCCUAUGAACCCAUCAUCUAAUGCUGGUCCAAGUCCUCUGGCUCAGGAAGACAUAGCAUAUAGAGAAAAAGUUAGGCAACUAAGCAAAUACAUUGAACCUUUACGAAAAAUGAUUGCACAUAUGGGGAAUGAAGAUGUUGAGAAAUUAAGCAAGAUGAAAAAGCUUCUAGAAAUACUGUCAACCCCCACCCAACGGAUGCCUCUGGAAACUUUGUUGAAAUGUGAAAUUGCUUUAGAAAGAUUAGAUUUAAGCAGAGCAGAAGGUGGAAGUGUGCCACCCCCACAAUCAUCUACUAUGAGAGAGGUGCAUCCGUUAAUUGAAGUCAUUGGGUCRAUGAUACAAUCUCCAAACUUUAAUCAUACACUCCACAGAACAUUUGCUCCUUGUAUAGAAUUUAUGGUGGGCCAAAGACGACCUUUGUCACCACCACCAUAUGCAGGAAAUGAAAAUUCUAACGAAGUUCAAAGCAUCAUACCUAAAGCAUUAGAAGGUGAAAUCGCUAGACUCGAUCAACGUUUUAAGGUGUCUUUAGAUCCUGUUCGUCCUAGCGGAGUUUCUUGUAUCCGCCUGUUGUGUUGGUUGGAUGACAAAAAUCUGCCUUGUGUGCCCCCAAUUAACAUAAUUGUUUAUGAGAAUUAUCCCCCUGCAAAUCCUGCUUGUAUAAUUUCGUCCAACGACUAUGGUGGUACAUCAUUCCUUAUGUGUGUUAAAGAUGUGUUUGAAUCAAGGAUGAUGUUGAUGCCAGUCCGUUUUACAGUGUCUCAUAUACUUGACUCGUGGGAAAUGAGUGUUAGGCAAGCAGUAGCUCUUCUACUCGAUAGCAAAGAUUCAAUUGCCAAUAAUUGA